CUCUGGCACCCUCGUUCCCGCCCACCCGCCGGAAAGCUGAGCGCAGGCCGGGAGUGUAAAGAAUGCCACUUUGGACCUUCAGAAGAAGUACGCCCGAGUCCACUUCGGUCCCCUGACUGUCUCCAUUGAAAAGGAGAGAUUGAGAUAGGGCGUGCCAAAGAUCGGGGACACAGUGGGCCAGGAGUGGGGAUGGUGGUGCAGUGUACGGGGUAACAGGAGAGUUGUUUCUGACCCCCAUGCAGUGUUCAGGUUUGGGUGUGCGACUCUCCUGCGUGUGGCUGUAAUCACGUGUGAUUUAUGGUUGAGUGUGACUUGUAUAAAAUGAUUCAUAUGGAUGAUUCACAAGUAGGAAUGUGGGUGCUCUGUGCCGAGUUGUGGUUGAGAGAGGAAGAAAGGGUCUUGUGGGGAAGUUGGGACGUGGGCAGAUGAACAAGGGCCCCAGACCAUCAAUAAGGCCCCUGAGCAGCAGGAGGGCAAUGUCCCAAUCAUACAGUCGUCACCUACUGUCUCUUUCUCAGCACUUGGUUCCUCCCUUCCCAAUGGGGCGAGGGCUCCUGAUAUCCAUCUGGGUGAGUCCUGUCCUGUCAGCCAGAGGGACUGGCUGUGCCAGAAGCAAGCAAGCAAUUAUUAGGGUUCAAGUGUGGGCGAGGUGAGGGAACCCUCAGUGAGCCAGGGCAGAUACCAGGAGCUUCGGGAGAGAGAGAUCAUCCCAGAGAGAGCUUGGCCUUUCCUCAGAGGCCUACCCAGCCCCCUAUAUCCCUUACCCAGUGGCUCAGAGCCCAGCAACUCAGUCCUGCUGGGCCUGCGGCUCACCUUCAGGCCAGCUGCUGCUGGGGCUAACCUUGCCGGGGGUAGGGGCGUCCCUCCUUUCCCCCAUCAUGGCCGUUUACCGCGUGCGUGUGACCACUGGUCCCUACCUGGGGGCCGGCACGCUGGACAAUAUCUCCGUCAUACUGGUGGGCACGUGUGGUGAGAGCCCCAAGCAGUUGCUGGAUCGCCUGGGCAGGGACUUCACUCCUGGAUCGGUGCAGAAGUACAAGGUGCGCUGCUCAGAGGAGCUGGGUGAGCUCUUGCUGCUGCGUCUACAUAAGGAACGCUAUGCUUUCUUCCGCAAGGACUCUUGGUACUGUAGCCACAUCUGUGUCACUGGCCCUGAUGGUACCCUUUCCCACUUCCCCUGCUAUCAGUGGAUUGAGGGCUACUGCACCGUAGAGCUACGACCAGGAACAGCAAGAACUAUUUGUCAGGACUCCCUUCCCCUCCUUCUGGACCACAGGAAACGGGAACUCCAGGCCCGACAGGAAUGCUACCGUUGGAAAGUCUAUGCCCCUGGCUACCCUGGCAUCGUGGACGUCAGCUGCUUUGAGGAGAUGGAGUCAGACAAAAAAUUUGCCUUGACCAAGACAACGCCUUGUGCAAACCAAGAUGACAACAGUGGGAAUCGGUACCUGCCUGGCUUCCCCAUGAAAAUUGACAUCCCAUCCCUGCUGCACAUGGAGCCCAAUAUUCGAUACUCAGCCACCAAGACUACCUCGCUGAUCUUCAAUGCCAUCCCUGUGUCCUUGGGCAUGAAGCUUCGAGGACUGAUAGACCGAAAGGGGUCCUGGAAGAAGCUGGAUGACAUCCGGAAUAUCUUCUGGUGCCACAAGACUUUCACUUCAGAGUAUGUAACAGAGCAUUGGUAUGAGGACCACUUUUUCGGGUACCAGUUCCUGAAUGGCGUCAAUCCUGUCAUGCUCCAUUGCCUCUCCAGCUUGCCCAGCAAGCUGCCUGUCACCAAUGACAUGGUGGCCCACUUGCUGGGACCUGGCACCUGCCUGCAGACUGAGCUAGAGAGGGGGCACAUCUUCCUAGCCGACUACUGGAUCCUGGCGGAGGCCCCUGUCCACUGCUUAAACCGUCGCCAGCAGUACGUGGCCGCCCCGCUCUGCCUGUUGUGGCUCAACCCGGAGGGGUCGCUAAUGCCCUUGGCCAUCCAGCUCAGCCAGAUCCCGGGGCCCGACAGCCCCAUCUUUUUGCCCACUGACUCCGACUGGGACUGGCUGCUGGCUAAGACGUGGGUGCGCAACUCUGAGUUCCUGGUGCACGAGCAUAACACGCACUUCUUGUGCACGCAUUUGUUGUGCGAGGCCUUCGCCAUGGCCACGCUGCGUCAGCUGCCGCUCUGUCAUCCUAUCUUUAAGCUCCUGCUUCCCCACACUCGCUACACGCUGCAGGUGAACACCAUCGCCCGCGCCACGCUGCUCAACCCCGAGGGCCUGGUGGACAAGGUCACGUCCAUAGGGAGACAAGGCCUCCUCUACCUCAUGAGCACCGGUCUGGCUCACUUCACCUACACCAAUUUCUGCCUCCCGGACAGCCUGCGGGCCCGCGGUGUCAUGACCAUUCCCAACUACCAUUACCGAGAUGAUGGUCUGAAGAUCUGGGCGGCCAUUGAAAGCUUUGUCUCAGAAAUCGUGGGCUACUAUUAUCCCAGUGACGCGUCUGUGCAGCAGGAUUCGGAGCUGCAAGCCUGGGUCAACGAGAUUUUUGUUCGGGCGUUUCUGGGCCGGGAAAGCUCAGGCUUCCCAAGCCGGCUGUGCACCUCAGAAGAGCUAGUGAAGUUCCUCACUGCAAUCAUCUUCAACUGCUCUGCCCAGCAUGCCGCUGUCAACAGUGGGCAGCAUGACUUUGGGGCCUGGAUGCCCAAUGCCCCAUCAUCCAUGAGGCAGCCCCCACCCCAGAUCAAGGGGACGACCACCCUGAAGAGUUACCUAGAGACCCUCCCAGAAGUGAACAUCACCUGUAACAACCUUCUCCUCUUCUGGUUGGUCAGCCAAGAGCCCAAGGACCAGCGGCACCUGGGCACCUAUCCAGACCAGCACUUCACCGAGGAGGCUCCACAGCGGAGCAUCGCAGCCUUCCAGAGCCGUCUAGCCCAGAUCUCACGGGACAUCCGGGAACGGAACCAGGGCCUGGCGCUGCCCUACACCUACCUGGACCCUCCCCUCAUCGAGAACAGCGUUUCCAUUUAAUCCCCUCCUCCUACCACCCUGGAAGAAAGGCCCAAGCAUGAGGAGGGCCAGCUUCUACGGAUCUUCCAGGCUCUUUCACCCUCCCUGUUCUCCAUCAGCCUGAACUGUCUCCUCUGCAGGUGGGGACUUUUCCCACCUAAGAUGGCUCUAGCAUCAUAUGAAGUAGGCCCUUAGCUCUGAGAGACCAGUACAGCAGUGCCCAGGGUGGGAAACUGCUGACUAAAAUGAAACGCACAACAGACACUCCAAAAGGAAGGAACCUCAUUUACCCCUUUCUCUACUUUGGUCAGCCUCAUACUUCCUUCUGUCAAAAUCUACCCACUCCCUUUGGGACCCCCAGCUUGGGACUCUGAGCUCUCCUUUCCAAUCCUCCCCCAUUCCCAAACUCUUUUUCUUUUUUCUUUUCUUUUUGUUUCUAUGUUCUUCCAAGCCUAGGACUAACCAAUCCAACUUCCUUCUCUGGAAGAGCCUGGAAGCUGGGCAAGAAAGGAUGUAUGCCCUAGAUCUGCCAUGUGGUCCUCUCUGAUCCCAGCAUCUUUAAGGAGAGAGUUAGAAUUAGAUCCUAGCUUACCUGGACCUCUAGCUGCAGUUCUCAGGACCAGGCUUCCUGGCUUGGGUGUUUAUAGGGUCUCUCCCCAGCUCUUGUUCCAUCCACACUACCACCCCCGCCUCCUUUUUUUGUUGCUGCUCUUGA